AGAGCUGCAGAGGCUGCUGCACCAAGAUCCAGCUAGAUGACAGAUAAAUAAGUGGGCAUCCCCCCUGUCCUUCACCCAACAAGCUGCCAGAUCACAUUGAGAAUCAGACAUGCCAUGCUGCCUGCUUUUGGUUUUGCUGCUAUGUGCUGGGGUCCAGUGCCAGCUAAGAGGCUUGUUUCCUUCUAUCUUAAACCUUGCCAGUAAUGCAGACAUAUCCACCAAUGCCACUUGCGGUGAAAAUGGACCUGAGAUGUUUUGCAAACUGGUGGAACAUGUGCCAGGAAGGAUAAUGCGGAAUCCACAGUGUCGUGUGUGUGACCAGAACAGUGUCAAUCCCAAAGAACGACACCCUAUUACCAAUGCAAUUGAUGGCACAAAUGACUGGUGGCAGAGUCCUAGUAUCCAGAAUGGGAGAGAAUACCACUGGAUCACCAUUACACUGGAUUUAAAACAAGUCUUUCAAGUUGCAUAUAUAAUCAUCAAAGCUGCAAAUUCUCCAAGGCCUGGGAACUGGAUCUUAGAGCGUUCCUUAGAUGGAGUUGAGUUUAUGCCAUGGCAAUAUUAUGCAACAAGUGAUACAGAGUGUCUGACUCGCUACAAUGUGACUCCAAGACUUGGGCCACCAACUUACAAGAGAGAUGAUGAAGUGAUCUGCACGUCAUAUUAUUCAAAGCUUGUGCCACUGGAGCAUGGAGAGAUCCACACUUCAUUGAUUAAUGGAAGGCCAAGUUCUGAUGAUCCUUCUCCUACUUUGUUGGAUUUCACCUCUGCAAGAUAUAUCCGCCUUCGCCUGCAACGUAUUAGAACCUUAAAUGCAGAUCUUAUGACCCUCAGCCAAUGGAACUUAAAAGAUGUGGAUCCAAUAGUAACCCGAAGAUACUACUACUCUCUUAAAGAUGUUUCGGUUGGAGGAAUGUGCAUUUGUUAUGGGCAUGCUCGUAGCUGUCCCUGGGAUGAAGUUACCAAGAAACUCCAGUGUCAGUGUGAACGUAACACUUGUGGAGAGAGUUGUAAUGAGUGUUGCCCUGGUUACCACCAGAAUCCAUGGCGACCUGGCACCAUUUCCAUUGGCAAUAAAUGUGAGAAGUGUAACUGCCAUAAUAAAGCAGAAAAUUGUUACUAUGACCAGUCAGUGGCUGAUCGGAAUAUGAGCUUGAACAUUCAUGAACAAUAUAUUGGAGGAGGAGUUUGUAUAAAUUGUACUCAGUUUACAGCUGGAAUUAAUUGUGAGACAUGCAUUGAAGGCUACUUUAGGCCACACAAGGUGUCCCCAUACACAGAAGAUCCAUGCCAUCCCUGUAAAUGUGAUCCCUUUGGGUCUGUUACUCCUGUUUGCGUAGUUGAUGAUAACCAUGCCAAACCAGGUGUUCUGCCAGGACAGUGUCAGUGCAAAGAGGGUUACACAGGCUCAAAAUGUGACCACUGCAACUUUGGAUACAAGGGAUACCCAAACUGUGUGCGGUGCAAUUGCAGUCUUAUAGGUAGCGUGAAUGAGGAUCCUUGUGCAGAACAGUGCAUAUGCAAGGAACAUGUAGAAGGUGAAAAUUGUGACCGGUGUAAGACUGGCUACUACAACUUGCAGGAACAGAAUCCAGAAGGAUGUACAGAAUGCUUUUGCUUUGGUGUUUCCGGUGUCUGCGAUGAACUGUUUUGGCAUACUACUCAGAUGACUGACAUAAGGGGUUGGCAUGUAAGUGACUUGCAUGGAUCAGAAAGGAUUCAGCCACAGCAGGACCAGUUCGAUGGCCCCCAUCAAAUAAGCAUCAACAAUACAGAAGCCCGGAAGAUGUUACAGUCUGUGUAUUAUUGGGAGGCAUCACGUUCUUACCUUGGAAACAAAUUAACAUCUUAUGGAGGAUCCCUGAGGUACACAGUGUCUUAUGAUAUUCCAGCUGAGAGUUCAGAUGGAGAAAUGUUCUCCAAUGUGGACGCUGUUAUUCAGGGAAGUGACAUUACCAUAGGCACCAAGUCAGAUGGUUUAUCAUUACCUCCGUAUGAGGAAUACACGGCUGAGAUCAAACUGAUUCCGGAGAAUUUUGUUGAUUUCUACACAAAGAGGCCAGUGGACAGGGACAGACUUAUGACAGUCCUUGCUAAUGUGAACAGGCUUUUGAUAAGAGCAAAUUACAACACUGCUAAGAAUGCAGUCAGCAGAAUAAGCUUAGUAAUGUUGGACACAGCUACUCCAAAUGUAAUAGAUCUUCUGCCAGCUGUACAAGUGGAAAAUUGUGAAUGCCCACCUGGCUAUACUGGCACAUCAUGUGAGUCUUGCAUCCCCGGUUACUACAGAGUCGGUGGGACCCUAUUUGGUGGCAUUUGUCAGCCUUGUGAGUGUAAUGGCCAUGCAACUGAAUGUGAUAUCCAUGGAGCAUGUUAUGGGUGUCAACACAACACUACAGGUGCUCACUGUGACCAGUGUUUGCCAGGCUUCUAUGGGGACCCCACCAACAGAACACCCAAUGACUGCCAGCCAUGUGCCUGCCCUUUGACCAUCCCUUCCAAUAAUUUCAGCCCAACUUGUUAUCUGUCCACUGAUGAAGACAUUAUUUGUGACCAGUGCGCACCGGGCUAUACAGGGGCACAAUGUGAAAAGUGUGCAAAUGGUUACUUUGGCAACCCACUAGUGCCAGGAGGAUCCUGUGUCCCUUGUGACUGUAAUGGCAACAUUGAUCCGUUUGAAGACGGUCACUGCAAUUCACUGACAGGAGAAUGUCUUAGAUGCAUUGGAAACACAGCUGGGCGGCAUUGUGAAAGAUGUGCAGAAGGUUUUUAUGGUGAUGCCAUCUUGUCAAAGAACUGUAGUGCAUGUGACUGCCACCCAAAUAGCUCCGUUUCUGCAGUAUGCCACCAUCAAACCGGCUUGUGCGAGUGUAAACCUAAUGUAUUAGGGAAGCAAUGUGACCAGUGUGCGCCCGGAUUCUACGGCUUGACAUCUGGUCUUGGAUGUCUUCCAUGUAACUGUAGCCAAUCGGGUUCAAUCUCUGAAGUGUGCAAUGAUGCAGGGCAGUGCCCAUGUGUUGCUGGCGUGGCAGGGGAUAAAUGUGACAUCUGUGCGUAUGGGUUUUAUGGAUACAAGGAUGGUGGCUGCACGCCUUGCGAAUGUGCGCACACACAAAACAACUGCAACCCAAGAACUGGCGAAUGUAUUUGCCCUCCAAACACCCAUGGACCAAAGUGCGAAUAUUGUGAUGCCAACUACUGGGGCCAUGAUCCUGAGCUUGGAUGUUUGGAAUGCAACUGCAGCAGGGAAGGGUCAAACCAGCUCCAAUGUGACCUUACAACUGGCCAGUGCCCGUGCAGAAACGAGUUUGGUGGGCAGACAUGCAAUGCUUGUCUAUUUGGAUACAGAAAAUACCCCAAUUGUAUUGCAUGCGAUUGUGAUGCCAAGGGAACCCAAUCUGCCUGGUGUGACGACGAACAGAAACUGUGCAGCUGUGAAGAAGAAACCGGGGCCUGUGCUUGCAAGGAAAAUGUUCUUGGAAGUUAUUGUAAUGAAUGUAAGAGUGGGACCUUCGCUCUCCGUACUGAUAACCCUCUCGGUUGCUCUCCAUGUUACUGUUCUGGGGUAUCCCAGCUGUGUGCAGAGAUUGAAGACUAUGUGAACAUCCCAAUUUCACUUGUCCCGGACCAGUCCCUUCUCCGUGUGGUAUCUCUGGGUAAUAUGAAUGGGACUACAGAUGGCGUGUUUUCUGAGGAGGUUGAUAUGCUACUAGAUGCAUUGGUCAUAAAACAGAUCCUGUUAUCGGAUACAUUUUACUGGCAGUUACCCAAGCAGUUCCUUGGUGAUAAGCUAUUGUCCUAUGGAGGGGUGAUGACAUAUGUUGUUACAUAUUACGCGCUCUCUGAUUCUGGUCCUUCGGACUUGGAGCCACACAUCGUAAUGAGAGGUGGACACCUCAGAAAGAUGACUAUUUAUAUGGAUAAACCAAAUCCUGCUAUUGGUAUUAGGAGUGAGAUGAAAAUUCUAAUGAGGGAGGAUAAUUGGAAAUAUCAUAACUCUGUGUCUGAAAACUCAGUUACAAGGAAAGAUUUCAUGUCUGUUCUCAGCCACAUCGAUUACAUUCUUAUCAAGGCCUCAUAUGGCUAUGGGGUACAACAGAGCAGGAUUUCAAAUAUCUCAAUGGACAUUGCUGUGGAAGCAGCAGAGAUGCAUUCUGGCCGAGAGCAUGCUCCUCUUAUUGAGAUUUGUGAAUGUCCUCCAGGAUAUUCCGGACUCUCAUGUCAGGAGUGUGCACCUGGUUACUACAGAGAGCAAGUGAUAGAAGUAAAUGUGCUCAAGUCUUACCCAUACAUUGCCCCCUGUGUACCCUGCCAGUGCAGUAACCACAGUGAGAUUUGUGAUCCCCACACUGGAGAAUGCAUGGGAUGUAGAGACCACACUGCUGGAUAUAACUGCCAUGUCUGUGCCCCCGGUUACUACGGCAUAGUAUCUGGGUCAAUUUCAGAUUGUUCGCUGUGUGCCUGCCCUAAAGGCAACUCAAAGAGUUUUAGUCCAACCUGUGUGCUUGAAGGAAGCCAUGAUUUCCGUUGUGAUGCCUGUCUGCCUGGAUAUGAGGGAAGACACUGUGAACAAUGUUCUCUUGGCUACUUUGGCAAUCCAAUGGAGCCUGAUGGUAGCUGCGAGCUGUGUGACUGCAAUCCCAAUGGUUCAUUGAAUAAUGAUUGUGAUAGAAUAACUGGCCAGUGCUCUUGUAAACCGGGGGUAACUGGACUACGUUGUGAUACUUGUGAAGUAAGACACAUUCUGCUGGACCAACAGUGCAUAUCAUGUGAUGAUGACUGCACAGGACCUCUACUAGACAAUCUGGAUGAUUUGCAUCGGUCUAUUUUUUCUCUAAACUUCACUGGAAUUGUUGCAGUGCCCCAUGGUUAUAUGUCACACCUGGAAAACAUGACAACACAUAUAAAGGAAUCGGUCAACACAAUCUCAUUGACUACCUAUAAAUUCGACAAUAAUUUAGAACAACUUGCUACUGUAUCUAAAGAUACACACAGAAUAUAUAUGAGAAUGGCGCAAGUAAAAGAACAUGGGAACAAUGUGCAAACUUCCACACUCAGCACUCUGAACAGGAGCCAAGAACUAAUGGCAUUCAUUGACAAAAUGCAAACAACUGUUAAUGUACUUAUAGAAGUAGCGGAAAGUUUGAAUGAGACAAUAGGCAGUGAUAUCCAGCUGUCUGACAGUGCACUGCGUGACUAUCAGGAUGAUGUUUCUUCCAAGCUUGAAUCAAUGAGCAGAAAUGACUUCAAUGACCAGUACCAAACUGCUACUCAAAACCUUAGAGAUUAUGCAGAUGUAUUGUUCAGAGUUCAAAAUGAGUAUGAGAGGCCACAUAAAGACUUGCUGAAGUUGAAGAAAACUAUUGAAAACACAUUAGAACAACACAACAAUAAGUUACUCGCAGCUAAACAUUUCAUCCAAGAAUCUGCUUCAAACACCAACCAUACCAAGAAUCUUCUGAUUCCCAUCCAAAACAAUCUCAAUGAUUUUAAUGUUAAAAAGCUUACUCUCCAGGAAAACCAGAAUCGUUCAGUGAUGUUGAUUGAAGAAGGUCUCGGCCUGGUCGAUGAGGCAGUUCUUCUUGCAGAAGAUACCAUAAAUGCAACUUCAGUUUUCGAGAUGCACCAGGAAGAGUUAAUCAUGUGGAAUACCAAGCUGAGACACCAUGUGGAUGAACUUGUGAUGCAGAUGUCCAAGAGAGAUGCCCUUGAUUUGGUUUAUAGAGCUGAAGAUCAUGCAGCUGGUUUAAAGAGCCUUGGCGAUGCUCUAAACAGUUCUCUUUCAGAUGUGAGGAAUAAUUCAUUGAAUGCCACAAAUGCUGUACAAGCUCACUCGGGUAUUAAAAGUAUGAUUGAACAGGCUGAGGCAGUGGCGGAGCAAGCUAAUGCCACAGUCACCGAGGCUCUGUCUGUGGUAUCUGGACCAGAGGGAUCUUUAGGCUCUGAAUCUAAUUAUUCCAUAAAGUUUAGUUCCAAACUUCUAGACCAGUCCAAAAAUUUAAGUCGAAGCACAGAAGGCCUCGUGUCUCGCUUUAAAGGCUUGAAGACAAAAGUAGAUAAUAUACAAAAGCGUACGCAUGCAUUUACCGGACAGAUAAGCGAGCAGCUGCGAACUCUGAGAUCUCUACCAAAUGACACAAGCGCUAAACUGCAGAAUGCUAAGGACCUGGCUCUUUCUGCUAAUGCCUCUGCAGCCGGCACCUUAAGCCAUAUCAUGAACUUCCGCCAGAAGCUGACAAGUGCCACCUCCACGUUGUCAAGGGUUAAUGACACAUUGCAGAAAACAAAUGAACUUCUUGUGCACUCUUCUAAAACUGCUGUAACAGCAGAAAGCCGAAUAAAGGAGGUGGAGGCACAAGCUAAUAUUUUACUAGAUAAACUAAAACCUCUAAAAUUACUUGAAGAAAAUCUGAGCCGGAAUCUUUCAGAAAUCAAAGAACUGAUCAAUCAGGCGAGGAAACAAGCUGCAUCGAUUAAAGUAGCUGUUUCAGCAGACAGAGAUUGUGUCCGCUCUUACCAUCCUGAAAUCCGCUCUACAAACUUCAAUACUCUCACACUGAAUGUCAAAACCAAUGAACCAGAUAAUCUCCUCUUUUACUUGGGCAGUAACACUAAGGCUGAUUUCAUGGCAGUUGAAAUGCGAAAAGGUAAAGUUUCUUUCGUGUGGGACCUGGGCACUGGAGCAACCAGAAUUGAAGACCCUGAUAUGCAAAUAGAUAACAACAAAUGGCAUAAAAUUUAUGCAACAAGGUUUGGUAGAUCAGGAACGUUAAGUGUAGAAGAAGUCACCUCAUCUCAGAAAACAUCACCCAAAACAUUGUCUUCUCCAGGAACAUCAUCCAUUCUCCAUGUGGAUAAUUCCACUUUAAUGUUUAUUGGGGGCAUUGGAAGCGGGGUACAGAAGCCAUCUUCAGUCCAAACAACUGACUUUAAGGGCUGUAUGGGUGAAACGUUCCUAAAUGGAAAAUCUGUUGGUUUAUGGAACUAUGUGCAAAGACAGGGCAAAUGUGCCGGAUGCUAUGGAAGCCCCCAGGAUGAAGACACUUCCUUCUAUUUUGAUGGCAGUGGGUAUUCCAUUGUGGAAAAGACCCUACGUUCUACCACAACUCAGAUAUUUAUACACUUCCGUACAUUUUCACCAAAUGGGCUUCUACUUUACCUUGCCUCCAAUGGAACAAGAGAUUUCCUGUCUGUGGAAAUAGUCGAUGGCAAGCUAAGAGUCUCAGUUGAACUGGGUUCGGGUCCUCUCAUUCUGACAACAGACGGGCGUUACAAUGAUGGAACUUGGUAUAAAGUGGCUUUCCAGCGGAAUAAGAAGCAAGGUAUAUUGGCUGUUAUGGAUUCCUACAAUUCCAGCCAGAAGGAGAUGAAACAAGGAGAAGCUCCUGGCACAGCAUCAGACCUUAACAGAUCAGAUAAAGAUCCAAUAUAUAUUGGAGGUCUUCCUCGAUCCAGAGUUAUCAGGCGCCAGCUGAGCAGUAGAUCUUACGUUGGUUGCAUAAGGAAUUUGGAGAUUUCACGCUCAAACUUUGACCUUCUGAGAAAUGCAUACGGUGUGAGGAAAAGCUGCAAGUUAGAGCCUACCCGUAGUAUAACAGUUCUUAAUGAUGGCUACGUAGAGAUGUUGCCUGUGUCCCUGCCACCAGAGUCUGAGGUCAUGGUGUCAUUUUCCACACUCAAUGAGACCGGAGUUAUCUUGGCUGGUUUUGGCAAGCAGGUGGAGAAACGAACUCGCAGACAAGCCCAACUGCCAUUCUUUGCUAUAAUGCUGGUAAAUGGACACAUUGAACUACAUAUCAAUCCUAUGGAUGGGGCUAGCACAAGGAAAGUUGUGGUAAAAUCACCAAUGGGAACAUAUAGUGACGGUCAAGAACAUUCGCUAAUUCUUCUUCGUAACAAGAGGAUGGUGAGUGUACAGGUGGAUGAAGGAAAGCCAGCUGAAGCCAGACUAAACGGUCCGUCUGUUGAAUCGGUUCACAUUAAAACAUCCAGCUUUUUCAUUGGUGGAGUUCCUGCAAAAAUGGCCACCACCGUGCUCAAAACAAACCAGUCAUUCUAUGGAUGUAUCCAGAAUUUAAUUGUGAAUAUGGAACAAAUGGAUUUCACCACUGUUAUAAAGUAUGAGAAUGUCCAGAUGGACAGCUGCAUGUUGAGAGAGAAACCUAAAAUCGAAGUCAACAACGAUGAGCAAGAUCUGCUGCCAACUCCAGUACCAGCUGGACCGGUAACCGAAAUAAAACCACGUAUAACCACUUCAGUACAGAGGUCACAUGUCACAAAACCAUUACAGUGUGCACAGCAUAUACUGCCCGGUUAUGUUCCAGAUGCCCACCAGUUUGGUCUUAUUAAAGGAAGCCAUAUCAUUUUGCCAUUUGACCAAUCUGCUAUCCGAAAAAGACUAUCUGUCCAGAUGUUUGUAAGAACAUUCGCCACCAGUGGCCUCAUCUAUUACAUGGCCCACCAAAAUCAGGUUGACUAUGCUGCGCUUCAGCUUUACGAUGGUAAACUGCAUUUCUUAUUUGAUAUGGGCAAAGGACGGACAGAGACCACCCAUUCUGCAGUCAUCAAUGAUGGAAAAUGGCAUCUGAUAACAACUGAAUACAUUAAAAGAAAGAGCAUCAUUACUGUGGAUGGUCAGGAAUCUAUUUCUGGCAACACUUCUGGGGAGAGCAACACUCUUGAUGUGGAAGGGAAGCUGUACCUGGGUGGACUGCCUCCAAGCUACACAGCUAAGAACAUUGGAAAUGUGACACACAGUAUCCCAGCAUGCAUCAGCAAUGUCACCAUUAAUAACAAACCAUUGGAUAAGGAUGGGGCUAUUUCCAUACAUGGAGUCAAUAAAUGUUAUCUCUCUGCACAAGAGGGCACCUACUUUGAUGGAUCUGGAUUUGCUGCUUUAGUGAAAGAAGGUUACAAAGUGCGAUCAGAUGUGACUGUAUCACUAGAAUUCCGAACUACGUCACCAAAUGGAGUUCUCCUGGGAAUCAGUAGUGCUAAGGUUGAUGCAAUUGGCCUGGAAAUUGUAAAUGGCAGGGUUUUAUUUCAUGUAAACAAUGGAGCUGGCAAAAUAACAGCAGCUUACAAACCUGAGGGAUCCGGCUCAUUGUGUGAUGGGAAAUGGCACCAGGUUCAGGCCAACAAGGUUAAGCAUAAAAUCAUCCUUACUGUGGAUGGGAACACAGUGCAGGCCGAGAGUCCUCAUGUGCAGUCAACCUCAGCAGACACAAACAAUCCCAUAUAUGUUGGAGGUUACCCAGCUGAUGUGAAGCAGAACUGUCUAACCAGCCAGACUUCAUUCCACGGCUGCAUAAAGAACAUGAAACUAGUGAAGGGCACUCACACGGAGGCCAAUGACUUCAGCAAAUCAUUUGAGAUGCGAGGAGUCUUCCCUCAUUCUUGUCCAGGAACAGAUUUGUGAACAAAAGACACAUUGUUGGCUUUAGUCCAUUUAUAUAUACAAAGGAUAUAUUAAUCAAGCGCGUGCUAUGUCAGGCUAUGAGAUUGGUUACUGAGACAGAGGGUUGUGCUUGAAGCUGAGAUAUUGCAGCCACAUAAAAUACCAGCAGGUGAUCUGACCUCUCAGGCAGAGACUGCCAUUGGUGCUACUAAGACAUUCCACAACCUGUACAUCAUACUUUCAACUCAGGAACAAUAUUUUAGACAAAUAUCCAAUUCUUGCAUAACUAUAGUUUAUGUGCAACACAAAUACCUCCAGUAGCAUAUUGAUAGAAUUAAUAAAUAUUUUACUACUGUGUCUGUUCAUUUGUUUACUGCACGAGGAUGCUGAGGUUUGAUUUUAUUUCAGUGUUUACAACAUUGCAAAUCUGUCUUUUAUAUUUCAAUAAAAUGCGGCCAAUUUGUUAGAUGGUGUUGAGGUUUGUACUAAGAUUAGAUCUUAGUUUUUGGUUCUGUCAGAUCCAAAAACAUUUAUAUGUUGUUACUGAUGAAAAUUAAAGACCUUUUGUAAUAUG